UUUUUUUAUUUUUUACGGGUUCAACAUUUCUUUCUUUCUUACAUCUCUCUGUCUCUCUCUUUCUCUAUCGAGCGAAGACCAAAAUUGACGAAGGAUUGAGAUGGAUUUGAUUUUGGAGUCGAUUGAUUCGGAUGAGAUUGAAAGCAAUUGGAAUCAGAAGCCUUUUGAAAUUCAGAAUGAGCAUCAGGAGCAGGCAAAAGCUAUCUUAGAAUAUAUCAAUGUAGAUGCCAAGCUGCUGAACCCUAUUCCAAAUAAACGAGAACGAAGACCCGGAUUAGACCCCCGUCAGCAGGAAAGCUUUUCUCUUGACCUUCCGACAAGUCAACCACCUCCAGCUCCACCAAGCUUUGGUGGUAGUAAAAUUCCAAGACCUGAAGAGUACUUUGCUGAAUAUGAUAAAUAUGAACUUGCCAAUCGAGAAUGGCAUAAACAAACUGGCACCAGUGUGAUAGAUACACAACAAAACCCGCCAGCAAGGCGCCCUCGCAGACCAGGACUUCAAGGGAGGAAGCGGCCUUCGUUCAUGCUUACUUCUGAGGAUGGUUAUUUCGCUGAUGAUGUCAACCUAGAAGGUUCAUAAAAGGAAUUCUCCGUUCCUUCUGAGCAAAGCUUAAAGAGGACCACAGCUGCACAAGUUAUGACUGAUGCUGUCAACCUGGAAGCUUCAGAAAAGGAAAUCCCCAUUCCUUCUGAACAAAGCAUAAAAAGGACCACAUCUGCACAAGUUCUGACUGCAGACAGGGAACUAGAUGGCGAGUGACCACUUGUUUGACCAUCGCUACCAUUUUGUGAAAUCAUGCUACCAUCUGAUAAUGAUAGAAACUGUGUUUUGCAUAUUCAACCGUAGACACGGACAAGGACUUAAGCAAUAUUUUGCAUGAGUUGCUUGCCUGCAGUCGGGAUGAGCUUGAGGACGGUGGUGCCAUCAAGAUAGUGUUCGCAAACAUUGAAAGUUCUGAGCUUUCUCUGCUACUGCUAAACUGAUAUCUAUGUACACGUCCAGGCGAAGCAGAUUCUGGAUAACAAAGAUUAUUCUCAACUAACCAUUUUCCCUUUUCAUGAAUUGUACUUCUAUUUUUUUAUGUUUCAAUGUUUUCAAUGUUUAAAAUUUUAUGAAAUGCAAUAAUUUUACAAACA